UUUUGUCUGGGGUGAUCACGUACGCAUCUGCACGUACCUAUAAAUCAGUGUUUAUUUUUAGUAGAGGCUCCGAACAUUUUCAAUAAUACUUGUAAAUACGUGUGUUAUACCCAAGAAAUGUAAAAAUUAAGUAGGAUUCUUUAAUAUUUUUUAAUAUAAAAAGGUUUUCCGAUAACAAUCCAAAAAUUUUGAAUAUUAAUAUUCAAAACUCUCUUUAUAUGGUGAAAACGAACUCUCAGACGUAAAUACAUAUAUGUAUUCGACACAGCCACGAACUUCGGUAAUUCGUUUACUUGGCUUUGAGUGUGUGACUCUGCCACAGCAUAUAAAUCAACUCUCCGAACAGAUAAUACACGAAUCCAUCGUACUCAAAUAUAUAGAUAAUGUGCUUGCUUUUCUCAAAUAGUAAAUAAUUUUUCAACAAGGUCUUUAAUUAAACAAAAACAACAUAUUUGAAAUUUAAUAGCGCGAAACUUGCUGUGUUAUAACAAUUUAUUCUUCGAAUUAAACUAUUGUUUUAUAUUUUCUGUUUUUUUUAAAUAUUUUUUCCAAUUACUUACGAAAGUCUUUAUCCAUUCUAAUUGUAAAGAUCGAAGUGAUCGAGAACAAAGUCCUGAAAGUUUACUUCAAACAUUACGAAAAGCAUAGAGUGAACUGUAUAGGUUUAUAUGAAUUCCGGCAUAGUGAAACAGUGUACUGAUUUUUAAAGUUUCUUUUAGAAAAACGUUAUAUACUGAUUGUGUAAGAUGCAUAUCACAUGCAAAUGUUUAAACGUGUCCAUAAAAUCCAGGGGCACUGAACUGCAAAAAAUCAACAUCGAUGAUAUUGAAUUGACACCCGAGGAACAGAAUGAUGGUUUUUUUCAGCAGAAUCUUGCAUCAGUACCAGAACUUGAAGGCAUUACUAAGGAACAACCGGGUUUAAUGGAAAUAAGAAAUGUAGGAUCAUGGGUCAUUCACCGUUGUUAUAAUUGUUCAAUGUAUACUCAUGCUGUACAUAGAGAUUAUGGUGCUGCAUUAGUUCUUAUUAAUACCGAAAUUGUUAUUUCACCUGAAGAAAUAAAUAAAUUAAGAUCUGAUCCAGAUUAUAGUUCAGUGUUUAGAAUAAUAAUUGCUCAUAACACUUUGGAUGAACUUGAUUAUUUUCAUCAACAGCCUACCAAAUUUUCUGUGUCGCAGUUACCUAAUAAUGUGCAAGUGGCUUUGGGUGGUCUCCAACAGCAGCUUGAAGAAGCUGUUCAAAGGCAGUCUGCAGACAUAGAAAAUAAAAUUCGUGCUUUUACAGCAGAACAAUAUCAAUUGUUAGAGCAGUUUCGUGAAAGAGCUCAUAAUGAACAUAGAUUAUUAAGAAGGUUAAUCUGUAAAGGAGAAGAAAGAUUAACUGAUAAUAUAGAAACACCUCCUACAACACCAGAUAGUUUUACAACCAAUUUAACUACCUCUACAACAAAUACAGUAAACACAUCACAAAUAGUAUCAAAUGAGACGAAAAUUAUUGCAAAUUCUAAUGUUAAAUAUGAAACUGGUGCUAAAAAUUCUCCUAAUCUCCUUGUUAAUGGUAGUAUAGAUAAGAAAGAUCGAAUAUAUAUAUACACUAAAGAACCAACUAGUUUUGACACAGAAGCUUUAUUUCCUUUGGAAGGAAUGGAAGACACUGUUAAUACUGAUCAAGUUCAAUCUUCAGAAGAAGGAUCUGAUACAGAUGGUCAAGAUGAAGGUAUUCACAUGCCAAGAGGACAAAGAGGCGGCCAUCCUACAUUGGCCAAGUCAUUACCAGUUAGUGUUCCACCUUUCCCGUCAUUUGUCCGUAGAACAGUUCAAGAUGAAGAUGAUGAUCAGCUUUCAAGAGAUCCGCAUGAUCCACAUAAUAUUCGAGCUUCAAUUAAAGCUCUAGCGAAAAGCGUUCAUGGUGAUACAGUAUUUGGAGACUUGCCACGUCCUCGUUUCUCUACUCAAAUCUGACUUUGCAAUAAUUUCAAAGAAGGAGAAUGAAUUCAUCUUAAAACUUUAAUAUACAUAUAAAGUACCUAUUAUUCAUAAUUGUCUUUCAAUAAUUGCUACAAGAGAUUGAUGUAAGUACAUAAAGGCAGAAUAAACAUAAAAAUGUACGGGAAUAUUGAUAUUUCGCGCAUAUUUUCAAUAUAUUUUAAAA